UCAGUGCACAUCCACAAUGAGCAAAGUUCUGACUUGGAAGGUCGUGCUGCUUGGCCAAGUUGGAGUCGGCAAGACAAGCAUCUUUCUGCGAUUGCGAGAGAACCGAUUCGUUGCAGGCAAGAUCUCCGACGGCGUGGAUACUGCGAAACUCGACUUUGAAGUGAAUGGCCGGCCAGUCAAGUUAGAACUAUGGGACACAGCAGGACACGAGAAGUACCGGACACUAACUGAGCAAUACUACCGUGGAGCAAAGGCUUGCAUCUAUGUCUACGAUGUUAACAACGCCGACACAUUACACCAGAUUGCUCGUUAUCACAAGGACGCCCUGACAUUAGCAGAGAAUCAUCUACGCUUUUUGGUUGGCAACAAGAUUGACUUGGAAAAAGAUAAAACGUUGGAUUUACAAACAGCUCAGAACUUUGUAGCAACAAACUGUUGCAGUCAACAAUUUGAGAUGUCUGCAAAGACAGGGGCAGGAGUAAAGGAUGCGUUUCAAGCAAUAGCUGAACAUCUGGUGAAGAAAUUUGCACCCGGAUAUGACAGUACUACAGCAAACAAGACAGAGCAGCUUUCACCAUUAGAUAUUGUAGGAGCUCCAUCUCAGCCUAAGGCUCAGUCCAAGUGUUGUGAAUAGAUGUGUAAGGUGUAAUGAAGGAGGGUUGUGUAUUGGUUUUUGUAUUCAAUGAUUUUAUACGCAGUCAAGAGUAUUAUUUUUCUGCAAAAGCUUUCUUACUUGUUGAUCCUCUUAUACAUUGACUUGAAAACACAAUAGAGAGUCUUCAUGCUGCA